UUGAGAACUUGAUACUGUGGUCGGAUUGGCUGUUGCUAGGAGCCAGCGUUUGAUUGGCAGGGCCGUGGCUGAGUUCUGCUCGGCAUGGGCACGCCCUCGCAUUCUCCGGUGUUGAGUUUUGCCGAUUACUUGGCGCGCGUGUUUGUGUGUGUGUGUGCACGGUGGGAGCGGAUGACAGGGUGCACCGACUACCUGGUGUUGAUGAAAGCAUCUGGAUUUUACCAUGACCACUUCUUCACAGUCGUAGGCGUGCUGGCUGGGAUUCCGCCGAGAUGCUGUAAGCCUGUGCGUGCCUCUUCAGAUCUGAAAUCUUUUCAACGUGUCCACUUUUGUUAAAGGAAUUGAAUGUUUGCUGCCAAGUCAGUAGCUCAGUUGGUGGAUUAUGGGGACAACUGCCAGUGCUGCUCAGCACACUGUAUCGACAGGACAGUGUAGUGACAACGGGCAGAGCAAUGGAACCCCUGACAGCAGGCGUUCGAUCAGUGUCAACUCCUUUCAGACGUUCGGCAUUCACAACAAGGCCAAAUCCAUCAUCACCAACAAGGUGGCACCUGUGCUAAUCACGUAUAACUGCAAAGAAGAGUUUCAGAUUCAUGAUGAUUUAUUCAAAGCAAAUUUUGCUGUUGGGAGGAUUUCAGAUGACUUGCCAGAACACCAUCUGGUUCAGGUGAGAUACUGGAGAGCAACAGAAGCAUUACUAUUGGGGUGGCAUGGUAGUUCAAAGAAAAUCUAUUAUCAAAGUAUAUAUAUGCCAACAUAUACAACCCUGAGAUUCAUUCUCCUGUGGGCAUUCACAGGAAAAUAUUUCAUGGUUUGUGACAUCUAUAACAAGAUAGAUGUCUUGAACACUAUGGGCAGCCAUGGAGUGCCCAAUUUCAGGCAGGCCAAGGGGAGUUACCCAGUGUUUGGAAUGGGCCAACCCAGUCUUAAUGGCUUUAAGAAAGUUCUCCAAAUAUUUCAACAGGAAGGUUAUGAGGACAUUCUGUAUUUCUGUGUUCGAGAAGAACCUGUGGUCUUCUUGCGUGUGGAAAAUGACUUUAUUCCAUAUACGCCCAGACGGAAAGAAAACCUUCACGAGAAUCUUCACAAUCUGGGGAGAAAUGUGAAAGUGGAACAACUGGAGCUGAGCAUCAGGAAGGAGCUUUACAGCUUUGCUCAGCUGAAUGAAAAUAUCAGUUAUGUCUAUAACGACAUAGAGCACUUCAAGGAUGAACCUCAAGCCAUUUCUAUCUGCUGUGAAGAGGACAUCCAUGUAACAGAAGAGGUUUAUAAAAGACCUUUCUUUACCAAGUCUUCUUGCAGGUACCAUCGAUUGCCACUGUCUAUGGAUGGGCUGCAAUUACAAGCACAAAUAGACACCUUUAUUAAUUCACUCAGGGAAACCCCGAGUCUUUUGCUUCUUCAGGAGUCCAAAAGACCACCUCCUGCAUUGGUCUUCAGCUGUCAAAUUGGAGUUGGCAGGACGAAUUUAGCAAUGAUUUUGGGAGUUCUUGUGCUAUAUCACAGGAAAGGGUUAUCUGAACAUUUGGGAGCUGACCAGAACCCCAGCAUUAAAAAGAGGGAGCAACUGCAAGUCAUCCAAAGUUUUGCCAAAGCCAUGCCUAAAGGACAACAAAUUGUGGAUGAGGUGGAUGCAGCCAUUGCACUCUGUUCUGAAAUGCAUGACAUUAAAGAAGCUAUUUAUGAAUGCAAACAGAAGUUGGAAGCCAUUGGGGAGACCUGCCAGGCCCAGGGAAAUAGCACCAAGGAAUAUUUUCUCCAGAGAGUACUACAGAGUACAGAGUGUUACUUCUAUCUUGUUGCUUUUAACUACUAUCUUCAUGAACAGUACCCUUUGGCCUUUUCACUCAACUUCAGCAAGUGGAUGUGUAGUCACCCCUGGAUGUUCAGGAUCUUAGCUGGCAUGGAUGUGUCUGAGCUUACAGCACCUUGUGACUUGAUAACAAAAGGCAUCAGACUCUUGGUCACAGACGAAGUUCCAGACGUGCUUAGCACCAUGAAAGAAAUGAAAGUGGCCAAUUUUAGAAGGGUUCCAAAAAUGCCGAUCUAUGGCAUGGCACAGCCCAGUUUGGAGGCAUGUGGCACUGUCCUGACUUACCUGACAGAGGGUAAGAGGAGCUAUACUAACAUUCUGUGGGUGACAUUGCGAGAGGAAGUGGUGCUGGAAGGCAACAGUCAAAUGUACACUCUCCGGGAACCAGCCGCCUUAGAGCAGCCCAUUAGAGUACCUAUGGAGUCACCGGAGCAGUUGGAGAAAUUAGAGAGCAACCUUAAAAAUGAGAUCCUGACAUCACAGAAGUUGCUUGAAGUGCGCCUUGGCGAGGAGAAGCAGAUGAAACUGUUUAAAAGCUGCUUCACCAUGCAAGAGAUUUUUAACCAACUGAAAGGUUCCCAUCAAGGCCUGCUGUACAGACGUAUUCCCAUCCUCGACUGUGGUGCACCAAGAGAGACGGACUUUGAUAAAUUGAUGGAAGCCAUAAAAAUGGUUUUAACAGAAGAUUCCUGUUCAGCAGUCGUCUUUAACUGCCAUAAUGGAAAGGGGAGGACUACAACUGCCAUGGUGAUAUCUGUGCUCAUUUUCUGGCACCUCAAGGGUAUUCCUGAAAACAGUGAGGAUGAACUUGUGAGUGUGCCAGAUGCCAAAUAUACAAAGGGAGAAUUUGAGGUUGUGAUGGAAAUAGUACGACUGCUGCCGGAAGGGCAUAAAAUGAAGAGGGAAGUCGAUUUGGCUCUGGAUGCUGUGAGUGAGACUAUGACCCCCAUGCAUUAUCAUCUGAGAGAGAUCAUUAUCUGCACUUACAGACAGAUAAAAACAGCUAAAUCGGAAAAAGAAAUUCAGUUGUUGCAACUACGAAGCCUGCAGUACCUUGAACGAUACAUUUACCUCAUCCUCUUCAACACCUACUUGCAUCUUGAAAAGAAGAAUACCUGGCAAAGACCCUUCAGUACUUGGAUGAAUGAGGCCAUGAACUUAUCAAUCACCCCAUGCUGUGAACCACUUCUAGAGGUCCAAGACGCUGACUUCUACAAAGAAGGGAACAGUAUGCUCCAUGACCGCUGGACGAAGUGUGUAAAGGUUGCUGCAAAAGCAGGUGUUUAUGAGAUCCUGAAUCGCUUGGGGUUCCUUGAAUUUGAAGAGCCUGAAAACACACCACUGUCUCAACUAUGCUACCGCUGGUUGCAACAGAAUACGAAUAUACUUCCAUUCCGAGGAGAGUUUAUUUAGUUUCUGGAGUUGCAAUUUACCAGAUACCUUACUGAUUAGUCAGUGGUUGUACACAUUUACUUGUCCAAGUUUUUAGAACUGCCUGAUUUAUCCUUGCCAAAUAGCGCUGAGAAAAGUGGCAAGUGGAUAAAAUUUCCAAUCAAAAUGACAGGGCUGUGGAGAGCAGUACAGUACGAUUAAUUUUGAAACUAACAUAGCAAGGAGCCAACAUUGAUAAUGUAUGAUAAAAGUUUAAAAACCAGGUCAUCAAGGUAUUUGUAGCUUGUGAGAGAACCCUUCAACCAAAAUAAAACAAUAGGAUUUAAGUAAUUCCAUUAAUACCUAAGGUUAUUUAAUUGUUGGCAGUGAUCAAUAUAAUAGUCUUCUAACUCUAUAAGGUAGCAUUGUUGGCCUUCACAGAAGAGAAUAAUACUACAAUUUAGUAUGUAACCUAAAUAGAUCUAGGGUUAAAGUAUUAAACAGCAUGUUCAUUGUAACUAUGGGAUAUAUUAAUUAAAGAUCACUGAAUAGGAAAACAGCAAAUUCUGUAAGUAGAAUCCAUCGUUCCCUUUUUCAAUGUUUACCACUGACAUAUCUGUGCAUCCUUAAUUUUUCAUGACUGUAAUGCAUGAUAUUGUAAACUAUGUUAAAUUUAUAAGAUGUCAUAUCACACUUGUAUAUUGUCACUUCGAUUUUUAGAUACUGAAUGUGAUGUUCAAUUCCAAAUGUGGUAUAGUAACUUCCACUGGAUAUGUUGCAUUCAUUUAGCAUACGACACAACUGAAAUUAUAUGCAUUUGUUAACUUUAGCGCCUGGAUUCCAGAUGCAUUAUUUUCCUCUCUAGUGAACUCUUUUGAAGACCAGGUUGGUUUUGUACAGUUUUAUGCCAGUGUUGCUGAAUGCAGGAGAGUUAUCAAAAUCAAUGUUUUUUUCUGCAUAGAUUUUAAAUAAGGAUAUAAUUGUGCUUUUGCUAAAUGUAUAACAUAAUCAAAAUCUUUUCAACAGUUGCAUUUAAAAAAAAUCAUAAUAGUUCAAAAACUACAUUGGAUCUAUAACAUGGCUCAUUUAAAAAUAAGAGGUGGUGACUUGAGUAUCCUUUUGAAGACUUAGUCAAAUGAUAAGUAUACUUUUGAUAUUGAAAUAAAAUUGUAAAUACUGUGAUUAUUUUUCUAAACUUAGAAAGUUUAUGUAUUUAAAAUAUGUUAUCAUGAAUAAUCUUCAUGGUAGUGGAUACAUUGAAACUUACAUCUUUCUUCCCCAUAACCACUUUCUCUUCCAAAACAACAGAAUCUACCUGCUAUAUUUGUAUAAUUUAUCUUUAUUGUUCUUUCAACUACUCUAUCAAACCAAAAGCAGAAGAUACUGCUUUCCAAUUUAGCAAAAAAUAACAUUAAACCAGAAAUUCAUUUUCAGUGCAAUGUAAAAUCAUAAUAAUUGUCAAGUCCAAUAUCUGAAAUAGCCUCAAUGAUUUAUUCUUAACAUUGAUAUUAUGAGUUCUGUGUUUUCAUAUUUUGCAAGAGCUUGGCUGCCUUUUCCCACUCAACAGUUGCUACUACUUGAGACACUGAAUACUUUUCCAUAGUAAUGAAGGGAUUAUUAAUGAUUGUGGAACCAUGAUUUUCAUGCAUAUGUAGCAAUCACUGCAGAGGUUUUAGUUCUGCCAAAUAAUAACAUACCUUGCUUUCCAGCUGGUGAGGAUCAGUGCUGAAUUUUGCCACAGGCAAUUGGUUUAGUUGGAAUUUAUGUGGAAGCACAGAGACUGCUGGGAAUGGGAAGCAGAUGUAUGGGAGCGAAGUUAGGAAUACAUAAAAUGGACAUUAAAGAACCCAGAAAUACUUGCUGCGUCCUUUUUGUUGAACUUGAUAGUGGGCUAUUGCACAAUGUAGAAUUUGUCACCAAGACUCUUCGUGUACAUUGGCUCCCAAAUUAGCAUAUGACACCUUGCACGUGUAUUUCUUCUCUUCUCUUUAAGCUCAUUUACCUUUUAUGUUAGAUGCAACAGCUGCCACAUUUUCACCAGUUGGUGAGUCAUUCCAAGCUUCAAUGCUGUUUUCAAGUGAGUGUGCUGCUGGUUUUGUAAAUCGGGUUGUUUGUGUUCUUUUAUUAUUGGAGCUGUUUCCAGUCAUAUGUAAUUCGUCAAAAGUUUGAUACAAUGUUUGAACAGCAGCAAAUGUGUUAUCCAGAUCACUGCAAACAGAUAAUUUUUCUUCAUUACAUUAUCCUUGGUUACAAAAUAAUAAAUUAUGUUACA